CAGGCGCAAAGACUCACUGGAGCGGGGCGUGCAGACUACAGACGAGACUCUGCGGGUGGCUGCGGCGGAAGAUGGCGGAGCUGCGCGCGCUCGUGGCUGUCAAGAGGGUCAUCGACUUCGCGGUGAAGAUCCGGGUGAAGCCUGACAAGACGGGGGUGGUCACUGACGGGGUGAAGCACUCCAUGAACCCCUUCUGUGAGAUCGCCGUGGAGGAGGCUGUGAGGCUCAAGGAGAAGAAGCUGGUGAAGGAGGUCAUCGCCGUCAGCUGCGGCCCCGUGCAGUGCCAGGAGACCAUCCGCACGGCCCUGGCCAUGGGUGCGGACCGGGGCAUCCACGUGGAGGUGCCGGCCGCAGAGGCCGACCGUGUGGGUCCCCUGCAGGUGGCCCGGGUCCUGGCCAAGCUGGCUGAGAGGGAAAAGGUGGACCUGGUGCUGCUGGGCAAGCAGGCCAUCGAUGAUGACUGUAACCAGACGGGUCAGAUGACAGCUGGACUUCUGGACUGGCCCCAGGGCACGUUCGCCUCCCAGGUGACCCUGGAGGGGGACAAGUUGAAGGUGGAGCGGGAGAUUGACGGGGGCCUGGAGACCCUCCGCCUGAAGCUGCCGGCCGUGGUGACCGCAGACCUUAGGCUCAACGAGCCCCGCUACGCCACCUUGCCCAACAUCAUGAAAGCCAAGAAGAAGAAGAUCGAGGUGAUCAAGGCCGGAGACCUGGGUGUGGACAUGCGCUCCAAGCUCACUGUGGUCAGCGUGGAGGACCCACCGCAGCGCACGGCUGGCGUCAAGGUGGAGAACACCGAAGACCUGGUGGCCAAGCUGAAGGAAGUCGGGCGGAUUUGAGCCCCCGCUCUGAAACGCAGCAAUAAAACUAGGACUCUCUUAACGUCCGUGUGCAUUACCACA